AUAUAUAAUUCCCAUUCUAUGCUACCUACCUAGCUACAGAGUUUUUCGAUAUUGUUAAUAAAUAAUCAAUCAAUCAAUCAUUUAUUACACCCGAUUAUUAUUCCCUAUAAAUAAUUCCCCCCAAUAAUUUUCCUCUUCAAAACCGAAAAAAAAAAAAUGAAAACACAAUCCCUGAUCAGUAUGGGCUUAUUGCCCAUACUAUCUGUAAACGCAGCAUAUACCUGGCCUUCAAAAUACGACGAAUUAGAGGAUAUUCUCUACCUACAAGCAGGAUAUAGACGCUACGGAUUUAGAGAUGGUAAGUCGUUGGAAUAGAAAAAAAAAUAUAUCUAUAUAUAUAUAUAUAUACAUCUUCAGCAAUCUUCAAUCAGAGCAUAUAUUAAUUUUCAAAAUAAAAUAGGUGUUACGCCAUGCGGUUUCUCAGCUGAUGGGAGUAAUCGACAGACGGCUGCAGAAUGGGUCAAAACCGCCUACCAUGAUAUGGCAACGCAUGAUGUAGAGACGGGUCUUGGAGGAUUGGAUGCAUCGAUAGCUUAUGAGCUUGGUCGUGCGGAGAACCCUGGUUCGGCUUUCAAUGGGACCUUUGGAUUCACAAACAACUAUUUCUCAAUCAGAUCGUCGGCGUCUGAUCUUCUUGCCAUGUCUGUCGUUGUUUCAUCCAUGGCAUGCGGAGGUCCAAUUAUUCCAUUCCGAGGUGGACGAAUCGAUGCCGUGAAGGCUGGUGUACCUGGUGUUCCCGAACCUGAUCAAGAUUUGGCAACGCACACUGCAAUUUUCGCAAAGCAGGGCUUCAACACUACCGAGAUGAUUACCAUGGUAGCAUGUGGACAUGUUCUCGGAGGAGUUCAUGGUGUUGAUUUCCCUCAGAUUACUGGUGAUAGUAGCGUCACUAGUUUCCCACAUUUCAACAGCCAAUACGACAACUUUACCAACAGCAUCGUAACCGAAUAUCUAGAUGAUAAAUCAAUCGACGUGCUCGUGGUUGGUAAAAACGACACGUUUAAUUCCGACAAGCGUAUCUUCGGUGCUGAUAACAACAAAACCAUGACUGCCCUAGCAGAUCCAACUAAUUUCCAAGCGCAGUGCCGCGACAUUUUUGCGCGUAUGAUCGACACUGUUCCUGCAGCCGUCACACUUUCGGAAGUCAUCACACCCAUCGAAGUGAAGCCAACCGAGCUUUCCCUCUCCUUAGGUGCAAAUAACACAUUAUCCUUCGCAGGCUCUAUCCGCGUGCGUACCACCCACCGCAAUGCCGACGACGUGACCGUAUCCCUUCGAUACCGUGAUCGUAAUAACAACCUCUCAAACACCACCAUCUCAACCGAACGCGCUCACUGGCAACUUGGCCAAAGCUAUGGAUUCGACAGGGAGGUCUUCACCUUCUAUGAAAUCGACACUGUUUUCGAUGUUACAUCAAGCAUCUCAUCUUUCGACGUUAUCAUCCAUACAGCUGGCGAAGCUGAUGAGAUCAACACUAACAAUGGCCUCGGGUUUCCCGUCUCCGACGCAAUUCUUUUGCAAGCACCACAAUCCUGUCAACCACAAAUAUCCGUGAAUGAAGCUGGUCAGUGGAAUCUAACCAUCACUGCCGCGGUCCGCGCCGAUCGUGCCGGGGAACCUGUAGCGUUUGACUGGGUUUACAAACGCGCCACCCAAGGCGUAAUCAUAAGUCAAUUGGAAGUACAACGUACAGUUAUGGAGAAAGCGAGCGAGGAGAUUGCUGGAUACUAUCUUUUCACAGCGACAAAGCCAAUUGAUACGAUACAGUGGUCGACAACGUUUGACUUGGUAUUGGGAGAGGGAGACAAUGUCUCAAAGCUCGAGUUCUUGUCGACCGGAAAUUUGGCCACGACCUGCCAGCCUUUUCCUUAAGCUGAAUAGGCAUUCGAAUUUUGUAUUGCAUAAUAAUGAGACUGUAUCUUAAUGAUAAAUGAAAAUCCCAAACCAACGAUGAUUCUGAUAAAUGAGAUCCCAAAUCCAACGAUACUUCUGAAGAUGUUCAAAUCCUGGCUAAAAGCUGCAUACGUGAAGG